AUGAGGACCACAGCUCCCCCAAAAGGAACCAUAGCCAUGCUCAGUGAUGACAAGGUUCUGAACACCCCCUCUGAUAAGAAGAGUGAAGUUCAUCAGGAAAGCCAGCAUGACAAAUUCCUGCAGAAUACCACAGGAGAACCAGCAUCUUCCAAUAGCUCCAACAGCUUCUUCCUCGCUGGCGUCCUAGAGUUUCUGACAGCUAACAUCCUGGACCAGGCUGGCAAGGAGGCUCAGGACAAGCACAAGAAACGCAUCGCCCCCCAGCACCUGGAGACCGUGAUAGAGAGCAUCCAGCAGCUCCAUCCCCUUUUGGAUGACACCACGUCUCUGCUUGACGAGAUGGUCCACAUAAAGGACAAGUGA